AAGUAGAAAAACAUCAACAAUCCUUCCAGGUUCCAGGGCGAGGAGUCGGAGUAGCCUAGCACUGAGGUAGCCUUAGCGAGCCUCGGAUUUCUCUGCUAAUAACGCAUUUGUUCAUUUGUUUUUUUAUAGAAAGAGUUUUCUAGUAUCCCAGAUAUGUCGGCGAUAGUCAAGCUAUUUGGAGGAGGAGGAAAGGGAGGAAAGGGACCGAGUCCACAGGAGGCGAUCCAGAAACUCCGAGAGACGGAGGAGAUGCUAACGAAGAAACAGGAAUUUUUAGAGAAAAAAAUCGAGCAGGAGCUGCAAAUCGCCAAGAAAAACGGCACGAAAAACAAACGAGCGGCGCUGCAGGCUUUGAAAAGAAAGAAGCGAUACGAGAAGCAGCUCGCCCAGAUCGAUGGCACGCUGUCGACCAUCGAGUUCCAGAGGGAGGCUCUGGAGAACGCCAACACCAACACUGAAGUGCUCAAGAACAUGAGUUUCGCUGCCAAGGCCAUGAAGUCUGCUCAUGAAAACAUGGACAUUGACAAGGUGGAUGACCUGAUGCAGGACAUCACAGAGCAGCAGGAGCUGGCCCAGGAAAUCUCGGAUGCCAUCUCUAAACCUGUUGGCUUUGGAGAGGAGUUUGACGAGGACGAGCUGCUGGCGGAGCUGGAUGAGCUGGAACAGGAGGAGCUGGACAAGAACCUGCUGGAGAUUGGGGGGCCAGAGAACGUUCCCCUCCCCAACGUGCCUUCUACUUCAUUACCUUCCAGACCUGCCAAGAAAGAGGACGAGGAGGACGACAUGGAGGACCUGCAGCGCUGGGCGAUGGAAGCCAUGUAAAUGCAGCAUCCACCUCAUCAUACCUGCAUUGGAGAGGGAAGAUGAAGGAACAGGAGGAAACGAAUGGACUGAUAGGAUGUUAUGUACGAGUGUUUUUGUGUGUCUGAGGAGAGUUGACUGUCUACUUUAUGUAACACUACAAAAAAAAAAAAGCAACAA